AUGGUCAGAGAGUUAAAAUCAAAGCUGGAUGAAGCUAGACAAAUUUUAGGCAUUGAUAUAAGGAGAGAUAAGCUUAAGGGAAACUUGUUUUAUCUCAAAAGAAUUAUAUGCAGAAAGAAAGUGGUUUCAAGGUGUCGAAUAUCUCAAUCCAAACCGGUUGGCAACCCUCUUGGUCAACGUUUGAAACUCACCAAGGAGCAAAGACCAAAGACUGAAGAUGAGAGGAAGAAGAUGGAGUCUAUUCCGUAUUCAAAUGGAAUUGGAAGUAUCAUGUAUGACAUGGUCUGCACUAGACCGGAACUAGCGCAUGGAGUAGGUGUUCUUAGCCGAUUCAUGACUGAUCCUGGACAAAUUCAUUGGGAAGCUUUGAAGUGGAUGUUUAGACACAUAAAGGGGUCUCUUGAUACUGGAUUACUCUUUCAAAAUAACUUUCAAGGUGGAGGUUUUAUUGAAGGAUUUGUUGAUUCAGAUUUUGCUGGAUGCAUGGACACAAGGAAGUCCUUAUUUGGGUAUGUGUUUACCUUGUAUGGAACUGUUGUGAGUUGGAAAUCAACACUUCAAUCAGUCGUUGCACUUUCAUUCAACCACUGA